UAGAUUUGCAAGAAAAGACACUUUAUACAUUCAAGGAGCAGGACGCUUUCGCUGGGAAUGUGCUGCUUGCUUCUCUACUGGUUUGUUAGUACUCGGUCUGCAGUUCAGGGAGAAGAUGAAUAGCGGCGGGGAACGUGCGAGACAGGGCGGGACAGAUGGAGUGAAGAGAGAGAUGCGAGCAAGGGUGUGAAAAGCAAAGCAGAGCCUCAGGCUUCCUUUUCGUCCUUUUCUUUCUCCAUUUUUGUCUUCACAGGAGCCGGCAUGGUCGCGGUUCCCCCCAGCCAGUCCCAGUGGGCGAAGAAGGGCGCAAAGUUGGUGGCCGGCUGCUGAUGGUGAGCAUCGUGACGCACCGCUCCGGCCCACAGGCCGAAGGGAACCAGACGAUGCAUCGCCCAAGGGAAGUCGUAGCCGCAGUGGUCCUCGGUGGACACCCAGAUGUUGAACAGCAUGAACGCCCAGGCGGUGAGACAGUGGCACUGGAGGAGCAAAGGAUCCAUGGUGGUCCAGAAACCCACGCUGAAGAGCUCCCAAGCAGACAGGUAUUGCGUAACCAGGCUGAAGGGUUGCCGAUACUGGUGGUGGAGCGCGUGGAAGGUGCGGUAGAGCCAGGCGACGCGGUGAUGCAGCAGGUGCCACAAGUAGUACUGGAAGUCGAAGACCACUGUGCAGCCCAAGAUUCCCAGCAGGAAGGCGGUGAGCGUGGGCGCCUCGCGGGGGAGCGGCACGGGCGGCCGCCAGAGCCACUGGGCUACGGCGGCUGGGAAGAUGUAGAGCAGAUGGUUGUACGUGGUGAGCGCCAAAGUGGAGCCGAUGUUGGACCAAGUGACGGUGCGGUCCUGGUGGAUCUGGUAGCGUCGGAUGGAGGGCCAGGUGGGCGCCAGCAGGUCCAGCACGGUGUAGAAGAACACCAGCACCAGGUACAUGGACACCGAGAGGACGACGGGAAACAGCGGCGAGCGCAAGGUGCUUUCGUGGUUCUCCUGAAGGUAAUCCCACAUGGGCUGCAGGACGGAGCGCUCCGACAGAGCCCAGGUUGCGUUGCUGACGUCCAGCACGCCACGCAGACCGCCGGGAUUCAUGUCAAGCUACGUGUUGUUGAUGCAACAGCCAGGCUGCUGUUACUCCUGCGGCGUGAUGCUCAAACAAAGCCACUACAGCUUGACGGAGGUUUCAAAGAGCCUUCAGGAGCACCAGGAUUAGCUGUCCGGUACUGUAGCUGCUCAACUUGCUCAUCAUCAUCUGGUUGCAGAGGCCAUCGCUCUUUUAUUUGGAGUGUUUUCAGUGCAGGUGUGCGGCAGGGUGCGGAUCGAGAUCACAGGGUUACUAUGGUGCAACACCUGAGCUAUCAUACAUCGUCACAACAACAGAGGAGGGUCUUUCCUCCACAGGUUAUCUCAAAAACAGCUUCACCCACUCUUGAAAACAGUUUGUUCACCAACACAAAGUUCACUUCUCGGCUCUCAACAAGGUAUUCUGCAGCAGUAAUGCCCAGUAAACUGGAGGGAGCCAUGGAUGCGCUCAUCACCGUCUUUCACAACUACUCGGGGAGCGAGGGAGACAAAUACAAACUCAGUAAAGGAGAGCUGAAGGAACUUCUCAACAGCGAACUCACCGACUUCCUCACGUCUCAGAAAGACCCCAUGCUGGUGGAGAAGAUCAUGAACGAUCUGGAUUCCAACAAGGAUAACGAGGUCGACUUUAACGAGUUUGUGGUUCUGGUGGCGGCGCUGACGGUUGCGUGCAAUGACUUCUUCCAGGAACAACAGAAGAAGAAAAGCAAAGAUGAAAAGAAAGACAAAUGAAACAGAUGCAUGAAAAUACCUGCGAGUGUAAAGCUUUAUGAUGCAUUAAACCGUUAAACCAGCCCACGUCUUCAUGCCAUUUACUCAACCUGUGGUUUGUAUCAAAAGCAAACUGAUCAUUAAAUGUAAUAAAUUAUAUAUUUCAGGUAUUUAAAAUGACAUUGUUUUUUUGUUUUUUUUUAAAUAAAGAAUGUACUUAUAAACUGAAAGCUGGACUUUAUUAUCAUGUGUAGAAUGCAGUGUGUAGACGUCUAUGUUCUCUGCUUCUAUGUUCAUCUUAUGUUUUUUCAUUCAUUAAAUCAUAAAAUCUAAGCUGAACCAUGCUGUUUUUCUCAUUUCACUGGCGCAUAAUAUUUUCAGUCUGCUGUAUAUUAUGAUAUUUCAAAACAAUAAAAUUUUAUUAAUUGAAAAAAGAAGUAUAUGUAUUUUAGG